CGGCUUUGGGCCCGAUUGAAGCUCCUUCAAAAGCUGGUCGCGUGCUCGUUCGACAUUUACGACUUUGGCUCCUCUUGGCUUCACCUUGGCACAGAGCUUGGCCUGCUUAAUUCGCUUGGCGAAGCGACAGCAUGCACCCGUCUAGCGACAAACAUGUGAAUGGUGCGAAGGCAGAAGACCAAAUUCUACAAUGGUGCCAAUCCAAGGAUAGCAUCAGCUCUCACUAUGCGCAGGACCCUACCAAGUCGCCAAGCGACAUUGGACAGAAGUUGUUUGGUUCGCAUCAUCUGCACUCUUCGUCAACAAAGGCGCCUACGGAGCGACUGGUGGCGAGUCCGGAGACCCUCGAAUGGGCGAGGCGAUGCGGCAACUUUGGCAACACGCAGCCCAGCCAACUGUUCCUCCAAGCGUACCACGACCUCCUCCAGUGUUUACAGCACGAUGCUCUCGCCAACUGCGUCUCGCCCUCGUUGUGCGGCAGCACUGGAUUUGUACCAUUGACCAUUAUCGCACCUCUAAACGAUCAGAUACGGCAUAUGUCGAACCUCAUCGUCCGCGCGAAGAGGGAAGUGCUGCUUGCGACCAACUUCUGGAAACAUUCUGGCGCGAGUGAGCUCAUCAAUGAUGCGAUGAUCGAGCUUUCGAAGCGCGCCGGGCAGCGUGGCGAGCGAAUCGUGUUCAAACUGAUGUAUGACCGCGGAGACUUGAAGCAGUUCGCCGAGAACCAUCUCGAGGUCAAGCCGAAGACAUGGACUUCAGAGGUGGUAGGCUUGCCCGCACCGGAGAAGAUACCGAACAUAGACUUGGCUGUCCAGAACUUUCACAAGCCGCCCCUCGGGACGUUCCAUAGCAAGUUCAUGGUUGUUGAUCGUGAAAUUGCUACCAUUUCCAGCAAUAACAUCAUGGACAAUGACAAUGUCGAGAUGAUGUCGCACGUCGAAGGUCCGAUUGUGGACUCGAUAUGGGAUACUUUCAUCGUGUCAUGGCACAACAAGUUCGAGCCACCGCUUCCGUGCCGCAACGAGACAGCGACAGCGAAGCCUCCACCUACUUUCCGCGAGGACAGCUUCAUGCACCUUUUCGAGCCAGACGGCUCCUUCAGAUUGCCGGAGAAACCUCUCGACGCUGAGCUACCGGAGCACGAUCCCGGCCACCCGCACUACGAUGAUUCCAUCGCAGGCCAGAUUGACCGCAUGCGCUCCGUUCUCCGCCCGCAGCAAGGCGAAUCCCACGCGGACGCUGUCGCUCGCCAUCUCAACAAACCCACAAAGCUCGAUCUCAAGGCCACCGCGCCCGCCCGCGACCCAAACCUCCACUUCUUCCCCUUCAUCCCGUGUCCACCUACCGACGCGGUUCCUAUUGCCAUGGCGAACCGCAAGCCGUACGGCCCACCCAACAAUGCCUCCGAAUACGUUCCACAGAACGAGUGCUUCUUAUCACUAAUCCGCAAUGCCAAGCGCGACAUUUUCAUCCAGACUCCUGAUCUCAACGCCAAACCUUUGCUGCCUGCCAUCGUCGAAGCGGUCAAGCGCGGUGUGCAAGUCACGUACUACGUCUGCCUCGGCUACAACGACUUAGGCGAGCUCCUUCCAGGCCAGAAUGGAACGAAUGAGAUGUUCGCUCGUCAGCUCUACGAAGGUCUUUCCACCGACGCAGAAAAGCAGCGAUUACAGGUGUACUUCUACGUCGCAGCGGACCAGGACCACCCCAUCCACAACUCCUUCAAAAAGCGCAGCUGUCACAUUAAGCUACUCAUCGCGGACGAGCAAGUCGCUGUGCAAGGCUCGGGCAAUCAAGACACGCAGUCGUGGUUCCACAGCCAGGAAGUCAACAUUAUGAUCGACAGUCCGACGGUAUGCAAGGCGUGGCGGGAGGGCAUUGAGCGGAAUCAGAAUACAAGGCAGUACGGGCGGGCGAAGGAAGAUGGGUGCUGGUAUGAUAAGGAUGGCGAGCUCGCGGAGGGGAGCAUGGGUACGAAGCCGGGGAAGUUGGAUCGGGUGAAGGGUGCUUGGGGAAUGUUUCAGAAGGCUAGAGGCGCUUGAGUGGCGCGGAUGUACGCUAACGGCGCGGCGUUGGAAGGUAACGUUAGCGCUGGCGUGUCCUUAGAACUUACUAUGAACGAAGUGAUAACGAAACGUAGAUGAGUAUAUAGCAUGUGGCUAUGGCAUCAAUAUAGCUCGGCCCCUAACCUGGCCAGCAGACAGAUCGUCGAUUGCCUUUUGGAAAUCGUCCAGUUUGUAUUUGCUGGUGUGGAGCUUCACCUUUCC